AUCCUCCCUCCCUCCCUUCACUUGCACUUUGCGCCAAUAUCCAUUGACAUCCACCUGUAUUGACGUUUCUUUCACCGCAUGCUCCACGUCUCUAGCCUGCAUUUAUUCAUUGUCCUGCCACCAGUCAACAACACCAGAGCCCGCGUUUCGUGGCUUGUGUAACACCGCACUCAAAAGGAAGUGUAUACUUGCUUCCAGCCCUCCUGUAAUCAUACUCCGCAUCGGCACAUUGCCCGCCGACGUCGCGCUGCAACAUUACCCAUACUAGAGGUCGCUCGCUGUCAUAGCCAACUAUGCGAUCAUAGGUAUAGGCUCGAAUUGUUUGGUAUACGCAAUUCCUAGACGCAGGGCCAGUAUAUUCGGUCCUCCUUGUCUACAGCCGUGACGAGCUCUCCGAAAGUCGUCGAUGCGGGCUUGCGCUACAGUGCAAGUCGCUCCUCAGACCACGAAUCCAUCCCAACCAUGGCCACAGAAAGUAUCCAAGCAACUGAGGGCGGAGACACCAUGCCUUCCGAUCAAGUGUCCAGCAACACCUCGCGUCCAGUCACAUCGCAUCGGCGACAGCCCUCCCAGGGAUGGUUCACUACCGAGCACGAGCCCGAUGGGGGGAGCUAUUCGAAGAGCGUGAAGGACCAGAGCAUCCCUCUCGUGCCUUACAUCCCCGAAAGGCCACAUGGCAAUCGUACAUCCCGCUCAGGUUCCACAAACACCAAAGGCCGAGGUAAGACGCACCCAGAAGAGGUCAUGGGGCGGACAGACAGGCUACCGACUCUAGAGCCGUCCCUCUGGUCCGAGGAGAACGAACCGCCACAGGCCACCGGCAUCAAGCGACACCGAGGUGAUGGUCCCAAGCCCCCAGUCCCCGAAAGCCAAGCAUCUCCCCUGAGCCGGUCGAAUACGCGGCGAUCUACAGCGGACCCUGGACAGUCCUUGGCCUCGGAUCGCUCGCCCCUUCAAAUGCUAGAGGUAUCAUUGAAAGAGAAGAAAAGAGCACGGGUGCUGGAGGCUGAAAUGAAGCUCAAAGAACGAAUGCAAAGGGAGGCCGACGGCCGAGCACCAGCAUCCUCGCAACCCCCAAAUCGGGCCGAUGCAAGAGUAGCAGGCCGCGAGGACGCUCUACGAGCCAUGAGUGGACAGGCUCCUAGACAUAGCCAGCCUGCUGCACCGGGUACGAAGCGACCGGAACACCGACGCCUUGCUUCUGAGCCCCGAGCCGAAUAUGGCCCACUGGAACAAAAUCCAUACGAGAAGCCCAGACCAUCCCGCACCAGAGCCCCUUCUCUACAGGACCCAGCGGCAUACGCGGUUGAUGGGGGCCCCUAUGCCAGCACUAGACAAUCGAGCGCGGCGGUAUUGAACAGAGGCACCGCCCCUAGACGAACGGUUACCGUAAGUCACAGACCUGCAGGACCUCCUAUGGGCCCACGAGCGAUGAACACAGGCAGUCACCAGGAUUCGCGAGCUUAUGCCUCCGCUGCCUUUGAUUUAACUCCCCCGAAACAGGAUAAGAUGGCGCCCCAUGGCAGAAAGAAUGUGCCCAGUCAAAUGGAAUCCAGCAAGCCUGGGCCGGGGCCAGGGCCGCAAGCACAGCAUGAAUCUGUGGCUCAAAAAGGCAGACCAUUGCCACAAGUUGGCCCAGCUGCAGGUCCUCCGCAACCAAAGACAAUGUUCCCUCAAAGUACUGCAAACAACCUUGCCGGAGUUGCCCCGGAGCUGUCUAUCCCCUUGGGUGUCGAUAUGAGCGCCGAUUUGAGCCGAGAGACUUUCGGCACAGAAACAAGUGCGCCGUCAAAACCCAAGGUCUCAUUCAAUGUGCCACCGCCCACACCUCCUCCACUAUCGGAGUGGAAGACCGCACAAGUUGCCCGAUUAGGAGCUUCCGACUUUGACUUCCAGCGACUCGAUGCCGAUCGAAGCAAGGCUUGGUGGGAAGGCGCCACGAGUAAUAAUCGUCGACGCAGCAGGGCAAUUCCAAGCGACUUCCCGCAAAGAUCACCGGCUCAAAAAUCAGCAGGUAGCAAACGCUUCCAGCCGCCGAUAUUCCUGAAAUGUGGGCCUCUACUCCGCUAUGGCGGACUAAGACGAGUCCGCAUUGACGGGCCCAAUGGGCCAUUUAACAAGGAGACAUGGAGAGGUAGCAUUCUCAUUGUGACCCAAGAUUCGCGCUCGUCUUAUGAGUCAUCCCCAACCCUUCGAUUAUUCCCACAACCUAUGGAUCUUCUCCCCCCUCCACCAGUUCAGGUAAAUGGCGAAGAAGCUCGCCUUGCACCCGAGUACGUUGAUCCUACGGCAGGGUUGAUGAAGCUGGGACGAGACGGGCGGGCUCUAUAUGUCAAACCAGUGGACCAUAUCGACGAAGAGACAGACCUCUCGGUCAUUGAGAAUGACGAUGGCCUGUUUGAGAUGUCCCCCAGCAUGGUCGACUACAGCAGUGAGGGUGUCAAGCAGCCUGUUCCCGCCAAUCGACUUCACUCCAUGGACGGAGAAGUCGCUGGAAGCUAUACUGAGGUCACUGGAGCCCGUCUCUACGCGGACCCAGGACGAGAUGUGACGUUCUGGAGGUUCAACAUUGAGGUUGAACUAGGCCCUACCCAGCAGCGGAUUGCCUAUAGGCUGAAUCAAGGACCUGCCAUAGGGUUUUGGGUUCCCGCACGUGGACAAUCAAUGAACAUCGUGUUCCAUACGGGCAACGGCUUUAGCGCAGCUGUCAACCCCAACAAAUUGUGUGGGCCUGAUCCGUUGUGGCGUGACAUAUUGACUGAGCACCAGACCCAGCCCUUCCACGUCAUGAUUGGUGGAGGUGACCAGAUCUUUAAUGACAAGGUCAUAGCAGAGACAGCCCAUUUCCAGGAAUGGGUGAAGAUCAAGAGCUUGGGCGAGAAGUAUGACGCUUCAUUUACAGCCGAGUUUCGAGCCGAGCUAGAGGACUUCUAUCUUGGGAACUACUCAACGUGGUUCUCGCAAGGGCUCUUUUCCUUGGCCGGCUCCCAGAUUCCCAUGGUGAACGUGUGGAACGAUCACGAGAUUAUCGAAGGAUUUGGAUCCUACCCAGAGGAGUUCAUGAACUGUGCUGUCAUCUCGGGACUCGGGAAUAUUGCAUUCAAGUACUACCUCUUGUUCCAACAUCACAGCGUUCCCGAAGAGACCGAGGCUGAGGAGCCGAGCUGGCUUCUUGGAGCUCAACCAGGCCCCUAUAUUAACCAAAAGAGUCGGCAUCUAUUCAUGUCCUUGGGUGACGGAGUGUCUUUCCUUGGAUUAGAUUGCCGUACGGAGCGAAUGACCGAUGAAAUUCUCAGCGAACAAACGUGCGAUCUGAUCUGGGACCGAUGUCAUCGCGAGAUAACGAGGAGUGAGACCAAGCACUUGAUUGUCUCUCUGGGUAUCCCAAUAGCGUACCCUAGAGUGGCAAUGGUCAAGAACAUUCUCAAUAGCCGCAAGUCCCUGGGUAAGGCGGGACUUUUCGGCGGCUUGGUCAACAAGAAUGGCGGCAAAGUAGAGAUCUUCGACGACCACUGGACGGCUAAGCACCACAAGUCCGAGCGGACGUAUUUGAUCGAGGAUCUGCAGGACUUGGCCGCAGAAAAAUCAGUUCGAGUCACUGUCCUGAGGUAUGUUCGAGUGGCGUAUCCUACAAACAGCAGCUGACUGGAUUGCUUUCUAGCGGAGAUGUCCAUCUGGCCGCCGUCGGCCAAUUCUACUCGAAUCCGAAAUUGAGCAUCCCUAGAGACAAGGACUACCGUUACAUGGCCAAUGUCAUCUCUUCCGCUAUUGCGGACCUGCCUG